GGGUCGAAAUGGGGGUGCGAUUCACGCAUUUAGAUGCGUGCGUCCGCUCUUUGGUUUUUAUUGGGCGAUUGUUGUUCGAAAGAGUGGGAUGUUGGGGAGCAAUUUUUCGUGCGGGAUGCAGAUUAAAUUUCGAAUCAGUCGGUUCACUUUGUGGUUGCUUGUACGUUAGUUAUUUCAUUUCGUGUGGACAAGUACUACUCGGUACUUGGAUUUGUGGUAUAUGGUAUAUUCAAAACUAUAAAACUGACAGAACAUUAACCAGGAUGAAGCACCCGAAAAGUGAGAAACAACGUAAUAAAAGGAUUAACAGACACCAAAGAAUGCGUGAACAGGAUAACGUGACGGAAAUGUUGAAACUGUGCCUACAGAAGAUUUGCGAACUUCAAGCGGAGAUGGAUAAUGAAGAGGUUCAUGAUCCUGAAGCUGAGGGAUAUGCAGCUUGUGCCAUGGAAACUAUGAGGUUUUUGUCUGCUCAAGGUUUACCACCUGAACAUCCGAUGGUUAAGGCUUUAUCCGAGAAACUUCUGGGAAGGAAAGAAUGAUGAAAAUAUUGUAAUAUAAACGACUAUUUUACUUAAGUAAUUGAUUUUAUAAGUUUUGAUAUUAUUACCAGAAUACGCUUAUUUUAUUAGGUCUGAAGGGAGAGAAAUUUAUGUAUAAAACUGACGUCAAUCAAUGUUACAUUUUAAUUAUAAGAUACAAACUUCUCCCCACAAUUUAAAGACGUGAGUUUAAACUUGUAAUCGUUCUA